CGUCAGCGUUUUUGUGUGGCUGGUAUAUAGUAGGACGUGGAGAUUCCUGAGAGUGAUUUUAUCUUGGGAUUUUAAUACGUUGCGUUAAAGGAAUACUGGAUGACUUCCUAACUUAGGCGGUUCAUAAGCUUGUAAUUGUAUCGUGGAAAAUGGAAUGCAGAGAACAAAAUGACCUUUCGUAUGUGAUAUCUGAAGUGUCAAUUGAACACAAAAUGUAUUUGUUAUGCCAGUAAUGGGAGAGGAAAAGCCUACCAUUGUGUUUGUUCUAGGAGCACCAGGAGCUGGUAAAGGUACACAGUGUGAGAAAAUUGUUAAUGAGUUUGGUUUUGUUCAUUUAUCUGCUGGUGACCUACUACGUGAAGAAAGAAACACUCCAGGCUCUGAGUAUGGAGAGCUGAUUGAGAAUCACAUUAGAAAUGGGACCAUUGUUCCAGUGGAAAUAACAUGUAAUCUUCUAGAAAAUGCCAUGAACAAAAGUGAAACUAAAAAAUUCCUUAUUGAUGGAUUUCCUCGCAACGAAAAUAACCUUGAAGGCUGGAACCGAAUGAUGGGUGACAAGGUUAAUUUAAAGUUUGUCCUCUUUUUUGACUGUCCAGAAGAGGUUUGUGUUAAUCGAUGUUUGAAGAGAGGAGCUGCAGGCAGUGGUCGAUCUGAUGAUAAUGAAGAAAGUUUGAAGAAAAGGUUUAAUACAUACAUCAAUGAUACAAUGCCAAUCAUUGAACACUAUGACAAAGAAAACCUUGUGCGUAAGGUUGAUGCUAAUCAUUCAGAAGAUGAGAGUGGGGCAUAUUGGUUUGCUCCUGGGCAUCCAUCCAUCCAUCCCAAACUUGUGGAUAGGAUACCUCAAGAUUGGAUGGAUGUAUUUUGAUCAAUUUUAUGCAACAGAUUUUUGAUGUUGUAAAGAAGAUGUUUCAGGAAGAAUAGAGUUGUAGCACAUGUUCUGAAGGAUAUCCAUUUUUCCUAGAUAUAGCUUACAUUUCAAUCACUGACUGGACUAAUUUGUUCUAUCUGGUGUUUUGUCCUCUAGUCAAGUUGUACUCUUUACUAGCUUUUGUUUUAUUGAAAAACAAUUUUUGAAAGAUUUAAAAACGAAUUUAUUUGUAGAAGGAUAGUAUAAAUAAUUUCAUCACAUGAAGAAUAAUUCUGAAAAAAAAACAUACUUUGUUUAAUAUGGUAGUUUAAACCAUUUCAACAGACAAGUAACAUUUUACACUAAGGACCUCUUCAAAACUAGCAGUUAGAAUUGUGGGAUUUUAAUAAAUUUGUUAUUUUAGGCCGAUGUAAUAAAAACGUAUGUAUUACAUAUAUAUAUUUUUAAAAAAUAAACAAUUAUUGGAGGUUUUAAAAAGUUGUAAAAUAAUGUAAUUUUAGUUUUGUUAGAUCUAAGUGAAAUAGAUCUAAAUAGAAAUUUACAUAGCACAUUUUUAAUUGUUAGUACAUUUCAGAAUAUUGGAAUUACUAUAAUUUUUUUUUAUUGGGGAAAAUUUAAGUACUAGAAAAUAUUAGCUAACUACUUAGCCUUUUAAAAACUGAAAUUAUAUUUUCAAUACAUAUAAAUUAUCAGCAAAAAAACAUGCAUAAUAAUUCCUUUUGUUUAAAAGAAUAUAUAAUUUUCUGACAAUAGCUCGGGUAGCACUAACACUGUAAUUUGGUACAUUCUUGCUUUGUGCUGAAUAAUUUAAAUAAUUGUGAUAUAUUUAUAUUUUUUAUCUAUAUAAAUAAUAUACUUGAAAGUGAGGUCUCACUGGUAAAAGCUUUUAAGUAUAUGUUUAUGAAAUACAAGAUUAUAAUUAAUUAUCCGCUUAAAGUACACUAAGUUUUACUGUAAUUUAGUCAGUGUUGUUAUUCUGAUAAGAUACAUAGACUUGUGUCACUGCCAAUUAAUAAAUUAUACUUUAUUUAAUAUUACUGGUACAAAUGUUAAUAUACAUUUUUUUUUAACAGAAGGUAUUCAUUUUUUUAAAGGCUGUUAAUAAUACUUUGAAUUGGAGAUUUCAUAGUGAUAUUAAUUUUUGUUUUACGUAACGAUCACUGUACUAUAUGCUUUUGAGUGUAAAUGUCACAAUGACUUGUGUUCAUGGUCUGAUAUGUAUAAAACGAAACAGAAAACUAUUACAUGUGGAAAGGGACAAAGUUAAACGUACCUAAAACAUUUAUUAGUAAGUUUCUUUUAAUCUAGAAGUCUCUAGGUAAUCCAAUCAAUUUAAAACUGGUUUUAUCUUCCCCCCCCCCCUUUUUUUUAGUAAUUAUCUCUUUUUGAGAUUUUUAUCAAUUACUAUAGGAAUUGUGUUAAACAGUCUUUAAUAAAAAGCUCUUAGAAAAGCUUAUAAGAAUUUUUUAGUAUUUCUUUUACUGCAGUUUUAUUAAGAAACAGUCAAAAUGUGGUAUACAUCUUUUUUUUAACAUC